GCCAUACACACAUUUGUUGCCAGAAGGACCGAGUGUUCUCAAACGUAUCUGCUUCUCUUUCUCCUUGUCUCUUACUCUUCUUUCCACAUUUGUUGCCCCAAGAGCCAAGUGUUACUCAAGCGUCUCUGGUUCUCUUUCUCCAUGUCUCUUACUCUUCUCUCCUUUCAAAAAUGGGCGAUAAAAUGCGCAGGAAUGCUUAUAUUUGCAAUCAAUUUCUUUAUUUUUCUGUUAUUCGACCUGUUCGAGACAAUUCUGUGUGUAAUUUACAGAUUUCUUGAUGAAUUAUUUGAAGGGGAGUCAUCCAGUUGUUACUGUCACAAUAGGGAAAAGUGGGGAAGGAAUGUGGGUGAUGGUGAGGACAGUAAGGUCUCUGAGACUCUGUAUGGGAGGAAGAACGUGUUCAGGCAAAUGGGUUUUCUUGGAAUUCCGAGAAAAUUGGAGGAUUUCAAGAAAAUUGGUGGAGGAGGAAUGGGGAUGAGGUGGUCUGAUUGUGGGUGUGAGGCAUGUGUUGAUUGGAUGAAGGAUGGUGGUCAGAGACUUCAUGUUGUGGUCAGACAGCCUUCAAGAGCCACUGAGGAGGAUUGCAGUGGGAAGCCAACUGAAAACGUUAUAUUUUUACAUGGUUUCCUUUCUUCUUCCUUGUUCUGGACCGAAACAGUAUUUCCAAAUCUCUCUGAAACCUCGAAGUGUAAUUACAGGUUGUUUGCAGUUGACGUUUUGGGCUUUGGAAGAAGCCCUAAACCAAGGGACUGUUUAUACACUAUAAGUGAUCACUUGGAUAUGAUUGAAAAUUCUGUUAUUGACCCGUUUGAGUUGACGUCCUUCCACUUGGUUGCGCAUUCCAUGGGUUGUGUAAUAGCGUUAGCCCUAGCCGCAAAGUAUUCAAAUAUUGUAAAGUCGAUCACCCUUGUAGCCCCUCCAUAUUUUCCCUGCUCUAGAGAAGAAGCAAGUUCAAUAGCACUUGAAAGACUCGCAGGAAAAGCGUUGUGGCCACCGCUUUUAUUCGGUUCAUCAUUCAUGACCAGGUACGAGCAUUUGGGUCGAUGUGUUUGUUUCCUUGUUUGCCGAAACCACAGGUUAUGGGAGAGAAUUCUGAAGCUACUUACUAGGAGAAGGGAUUUGCAUUUUAUAGUUGUGGAUUUGACUAGGCACACCCAUCACUCAGCUUGGCAUAACAUGCAUAAUGUGAUAUGUGGAGGAGCAAAGUUCAUGGACAACUACCUGGAAACUCUGGCCAAUUCUAAAGUGAAAAUCUGGGUUGUACAAGGCACAAGAGACCAAGUCGUUCCGAUAGAGUGCAGCAAUAACAUUAAGAUGAAGGUUCCAGACUCAGAAGUCGAUCACAUUGCAAAUGCUGACCAUGGUACUGUAAUAUUUGGUAGAGAGAAGGACUUCACAGACAAGUUAGAGCAUCUAUGGCAGAGAGCAGUUGCAGCCUGAAGAUGGGUAGUAUGUGAAACAAUACUCCCAACCAAUGAUUCUUUUCACUUUGAAUGUAAAUAAAAAGAUCAAUAGAAGUUAAAGAU